AUGGGACGGAAUACGCGAGCAGCCGCAGCGGCGAAGAUUGAAAUGGAAGAGGGAGAGGGAAAGGAGGGGGAGGAACUGAAAGAGGAAGAGGAACAUGAACAUGAUGAUGAAGAAGAGGAUUUGGACGAGGAGGAGGAGGAUGAGGAGGAUGAGGAGGACGAGGAGGACAAGGAGGAGGAAGAGGACGAGGAGGAGGACAAUGAGGUGCUUUUGCAGGACAGCCUGGCCUUUGGGCGUGAGAAACGCGUCACAAUGGGGAAGCGGAUGGGGAAUCUGGUUGGUGAGGAGCUGGACAAGGACGAGACCUUUUGGGAAGACAGCAAAUGGAAGGUUGACGACGCCGAGUCUGAGUACUCGAAUGCGUCGGAGUCGGGCGACGAGGUUGACUCGGACUUCUCUGGAGCAGGGGGAGGAGGCCGAGAGGGCCGUGGCGGCAAGGGAGAAACGCCAACAGCAGCAGGAGGCCAACGCUAG